GUUUCUGUUUCUCUUUAGAUCAAUGUUCGAGUGACGACGAUGGACGCGGAGCUGGAGUUCGCCAUCCUGCCCAGCACCACCGGAAAACAGCUGUUUGACCAGAUCGUGAAGACCAUCGGCCUGAGGGAGACCUGGUUCUUCGGUCUGCAGUAUCAGGACAGUAAGGGCUUCGCCACCUGGCUCAAACUCAACAAGAGGGUGACGGCGCAGGACGUGCGGCGGGACAAUCCUCUGCUCAUUAAGUUCCGUGCUAAGUUCUACCCUGAGGACGUGUCGGAGGAGCUGAUCCAGGAGGCCACACAGAGACUUUUCUUUUUACAGGUCAAAGAGUGUAUCCUAAACGAUGACAUGUACUGCCCCCCUGAGACCGCCGUGCUGCUCGCCUCAUACGCCGUGCAGGUCAAACACGGGGACUACAGGAAGGAUUACCACAUCCCUGGAUAUCUGGGUCGGGAAAAGCUCUUACCUCAGAGGGUUUUGGAGCAGCACAAGUUGAAUAAGAAUCAGUGGGAGGAGAGGAUCCAGGUGUGGCACCAAGAGCACAAGGGAAUGCUGCGGGAGGACGCCAUGUUGGAGUACCUCAAAAUCGCCCAGGACCUGGAGAUGUACGGAGUGAAUUAUUUUAGCAUCAAGAACAAAAAAGGCUCCGAGCUGUGGCUGGGAGUGGACGCUCUGGGGCUGAACAUCUACGACAAGAACGACAAGAUGACUCCAAAAAUCGGCUUCCCCUGGAGUGAAAUAAGGAACAUUUCAUUCAACGAUAAGAAGUUUGUCAUCAAACCGAUCGACAAGAAGUCACCGGACUUUGUGUUCUAUGUUCCUCGUCUUCGCAUAAACAAACGGAUCCUGGCUCUGUGUAUGGGGAACCACGAGUUGUACAUGCGGCGCCGUAAACCCGACAGCAUCGAGGUCCAGCAGAUGAAGGCCCAGGCCCGCGAGGACAAGAGCAAGAGGCAGAUGGAGCGGGCUCUGCUCGAGAGUGAGAAGAAAAAGCGCGAAAAAGCGGAGAAGGAAACAGAGACGAUGGCCCGAGAGACGAUGGAGCUGAUGGAGCGACUGAGACAGAUCGAGGAGCAGACAAAGAGAGCGCAGGACGAGCUGGAGGAGCAGACUCGUCGUGCUCUGGAGCUGGAGAAAGAGUGCACCACGGCCCAAGAAGAAGCUGAGCGUUUGGACCAAGAUCGAAGAGACGCCGUCGAGGCCAAGGCCGCUCUGCUCCACCAAUCAGAGACUCAGAUCAGGAACCAGGACUGUCUGGCCACGGAGCUGGCAGAGCUCACUUCUAAGAUUUCGCAGCUGGAAGACGCCAAGAAGAGAAAGGAUGAGGAAGCGAAGAAAUGGCAGAAGAGGGCGUUUAUGGCUGAGAACGACCUGGAGCGAACCAAAGAGGAGCUGAAGUCCAAACUGAUGGGCGUGAACAUCCAGGACAUGUCUGUGCACGCUCACACGCACGCUCACAUGCACACUCACAUGCACGAACACGACGAGACGGACGAGACCAGCGCCGAGGCGAGCGCGGAGCUCACCGUCCCCGGGAUGGUCUGUGACCGGAGCGAAGAGGAGAGAACGACGGAGGCCCAGAAGAACCAGAGGCUCCAGAAGAACCUCAAGGCCCUCAGUUUCGAUCUGGCUGAAGCUGUGGAUGAGACCAAGAAGACGCCUCUGGACCUGAUCCACGCCGAAAAUGUGAAGGCGGGACGGGACAAAUACAAAACCUUACGCCAGAUACGCCAAGGCAACACCAAACAGCGCAUCGACGAGUUUGAGUCCAUGUGAAAAUAUGUGCAGAAAUCAGUCUGAAGCAUGUGAAACUGAAAUCAGUCUGAAGCAUGUGAAACUGAAAUCAGUCUGAAGCAUGUGAAACUGAAAUCAGUCUGAAGCAUGUGAAACUGAAAUCAGUCUGAAUCGUGUAAAACUCU